AUGGGCAGUGUAGAGUUCGGGAACCAAAAGAGUCCUGCCAAACAGCAAAUGGAGGAUCAAGCACGGGCAUCUAGAAAGCAAUCUCCUGGCCAAGAUGAGAAGCUGGGUCCCGGGACAUCUCUGGGUGUUAUUGCAAACCAAAGCUUUGUGGACGAGCCAUGCAUGGGAACAAUCAUCAAGUGGAAACAUGGCGACCCUGAGAAUCCUUACAACUUCUCAAAGACAAAAAAGGCGGCGAUUUUGGUCUCAGCCAUGUGUCUUCUUGUCAAUAGUACAAUGGGCAGCUCGCUUCCCAGUAACGCUAUUCCCUACAUUGUCCACGAAUGGAGUGUUACAUCCCAGGAGCAGGCCAUCUUACCUAUCUCAGUUUAUUUGAUUGGAUACGUGCUUGGGCCAAUCAUCUGGGGGCCAUUGAGCGAACACAUAGGGCGUCGUAACAUUACUAUAACGUCAUUUAUCCUGUUCUUGAUAUGGACUAUGGCCGCUCCACUGGCUUCUGACUGGCCCUCAUUCCUCAUAUUUCGUUUCCUCGCUGGUGCAGUCGGUGGUGCUCCGAUUGCUGUCACCGUAGGCAUCAUGUGUGAUAUCUACAAUGACCCAAGAGAACGGGGAACUUCAAUGGCUCUGUUCAUGUUGCCAAAUCUCUUUGGGCCCUUGCUGGCUCCUGUUAUCUCGGGGUAUUGUUCGACGACAAUAGGCUGGCGAUGGACAUUCUGGAUUGCUCUUAUCUAUGGAGGCGCUUGCCUACCAGCAAUUCUCUGGGUCCCAGAGACUUUUGGACCUGCCCUUCUGACUCGCCGAGCCAAGAAAAUUCGGGGGGUCGAUCCCACAGCCCAAAUAUUUUCAGCGGCAGAACUGGAGCCUCGCGAUUUGAAACAGCUUGUUACUCGCGUCCUUACGAGACCCAUCAAUAUGCUUGUUUCUGAGCUCAUCGUAUCCAGUACGUGCGCAUAUUUAGCAUUGUGCUAUGCUAUAUUCUACAUGACUUUCCAGGCCUUUCCGCUUAUAUUUCGAGAUCUGUAUGGGUUGAGCCCGGGAGUAACCGGUCUUUGCUUCCUGCCGGUUGGGGCAGGGUGUAUCUUGGCGCUACCCGUGGCCUUUUCGUGGGAUGGCUACCUCUCAUCCUCGAAGGCCAGGGGGGAGCCAUGGACUAAUAAACAAGAGAAUUGCCGCCUUCCUCUUGCUAUUGCUGGUGGCCCAAUGUUUGCCAUUUCACUCUUCUGGCUCGGGUGGAGUGCUCGCAAAGAUGUAUCCUUUGUCGUCCCGAUGCUCGCCGGCAUUCCGUUUGGGUGUGGGUUCACGCUCAUCUUCAUAGCAAUGCUCAACUAUCUCACCGAUGCCUACGAAAUCUACUCUGCCAGCGCCAACGCGGCUUCUAGUGGCUCAAGAUCUAUUCUUGCGGUGGUCCUUCCCCUUGCUACCUUCCCAAUGUUCGGGAGGCUGGGCAUCGCCGGCGCCUGUAGUCUCUUGGGCGGCCUGAGCGGUGUCAUGUGCCUCAUCCCAUUCGUCUUUAUCUGGAAAGGCGAGCGUAUCAGAGCAAGAUCUAAAUUUUGCAUUGCCCUGAAGACGCAGAAAUGUCAGAUGGGGGAGAGGUCUGAGGCAAUACAGUCAUCAGGCUAA